AUGGCAUGUUUCAACGGUGCCAAUUUAACACCAGCGGAACUAGAGGAUCUUGCAUACUUGCGAACUCGGCGAAACAAUAUCAAUAGUGAAGUUGAGGCUAGUAGUUUAUAUGAAAUUCGUUCAGAAUUGGACGAUAUUAAUGCAAAAUUGUCAGCUAGCGAUGUUUCGGAUGAAGAGUCUAAUUGUAGUGGGAGGCAAAUGGGCAUUGCCCGUAAGAAUUUCAAUAUGGAUCCUAAGAAAGGAAUGGAAUAUUUGAUGAAACACGGUCUUAUAAAAGCGACUCCUGAUGCAGUAGCAGAAUUUUUAUUUCGUGGGGAAGGGCUUCGCAAAAGUGCUGUUGGUGACUACCUUGGAGAGAAUGAUUCUUUUAAUUUGGAAGUAUUAGAAAAAUUUUGCGAAUUGCAUGAUUUUACUGACCUUAUUCUUGUCCAAGCACUAAGGCAGUUUCUAUGGUCGUUUCGGUUACCUGGUGAGUCCCAGAAAAUUGAUCGAAUGGUUAAUGCGUUUGCUCGACAGUACUGCGCUAACAAUCCUGGUGUAUUUUCAAGUGUCGAUACUUGUUAUAUUCUUUGUUUCGCAAUUGUGAUGUUGAAUACUUCUCUGCAUAACCGUAACGUGAAAAACCCCUUAACUAUGGAGGGAUUUGUUUCUUUAUACAGGGGAAUCGAUGAAGGGAAGGAUGUUCCAAAAGAGCUUCUUGAGAGCAUUUAUGAGUCUAUUCGCACAGAGCCGUUCCAAUUCCCAAGCGACGAUGGCAGCGAUUUUUAUAAUACAUUCUUUAAUCCAGAUCGCGAGGGUUGGCUUUUGAAGCAAGCGUCUUCGCAGUUAGCAACAACUCGUCCCUUUUUAAAAACUUGGCAGCGACGAUGGUUCCUUCUAUCCGGAAAAUGCUUAUAUUACUUUGAACACACAGCGGCUAAGGAUCCGCGAGGGAUAAUUCCUUUAGAAGAUGUGAAAGUACGUACAGUGGAAGAGAAGGGCAGACCUUACUGUUUUGAGAUUUACAGCGAGAACUCUGAUAAGGUGAAGUCCUGUAAGACAGAUGCAGAUGGGCGAGUUGUUGCUGGACGACAUGCGUCUUACAAGAUGUGCGCAUUUUCGGCAGAGGAAAUGACGCAAUGGAUUAAUGCUAUACAAAAGUCUAUAAAUUACGAUCCCUUUUACCAAAUGCUCCAACUAAAGAAGAUGAAGCUGAAAGGGAAGGGUUCGUGA